UUGCAGCUCCGUCUUUUUUUCUAAACAUUUGUUGUGUUGCAACUGUUUUUCCUUGAUUCGUUUUCAUGCGCAAGAGCGGAAGCAAAUCCUUGAAUUAUGAUUAACUGUUGCAUUUAUUAACCAUUGGAUAGAAGUUCAGGCAGCGGAUUCAUAUUUCUAUUAACAGACGAAGGGUGGCUGGAGUUGGCAGAACAAAUAAAAAUCUCCAUGAAGAAAAACGGAAAAUGCUGCUUUUCUUGGUAUUGCUGGUGUUGUUGUCUUUAAGGAAAAGUUCUGAAUUACCACAUUCACUUCGGAUAGCUGCAAUUCUAGAUGAUCCAAUGGAGUGCAGCAGAGGCGAAAGACUUGCCAUUAGUCUUGCAAGAAACCACAUCAACCGUAUGGUGGAACAAUCUGAAAAGGCAAGGCUAGAUGUUGACCUGUUUGAGCUGCUACGAGACAGUGAAUACGAAACAGCAGAAACUACUUGUCAGAUUCUGCCAAAGGGGGUUGUAGCCAUCUUGGGCCCUUCUUCAAGCCCAGCAUCUGCCUCUAUUAUCAGCCACAUUUGCGGAGAGAAGGAGAUACCUCAUGUGAAAGUAGCUGCUGAAGAAAUUCCUAAAUUGCAGUUUUUGAGAUUCACUACAUUAAACCUGCACCCAAGUAACAUGGACAUCAGCUUGGCUAUUGCUAGCAUCUUGAACUUCUUCAACAGAACCAUGGCAUGCCUGAUAUGUGCAAAAGCUGAAUGCCUCUUGAAUUUGGAGAAGCUAUUACGCCAAUUUCUCAUUUCCAAGGACACUUUGUCAGUGCGAAUGCUGGACCAAAGUCAGGAUUCUACACCAGUUUUGAAGGAAAUUCGAGAUGAUAAAAUUGCAACAAUAAUUAUUGAUGCCAGCACUUCAACGUCACAAUCCAUCCUUCACAAGGCCAUGGAGUUAGGAAUGACAUCUGCCUACUAUCAUUACAUCUUUACAUCUCUGGAGUUUCCCCUUCUUCAUUUUGACGGACUAGAAGAAGAUCAUGUGAAUAUAUUGGGAUUUUCCAUCACUAACCCGGAUCAUCCACAGUAUAAUGAUUUUGUCCAUAGUCUGAACAAAUCCUGGCAGGAAAAUUGUGCACAUGUAUCUUAUCCUGGAGCAGCACUCUCCUCUGCCCUCUUGUUCGAUGCUGUCUAUGUCAUUGUCACUGCUGUCCAUGAACUUAACCGCAGUCAGGAAAUUGCUGUUAAAUCCUUGUCUUGUGGCUCAGCACAGAUUUGGCAACAUGGAACCAGCCUGAUGAAUUAUCUGAGAAUGGUGGAAUUAGAAGGUCUAACUGGUCAUGUUGAAUUCAAUAGCAAGGGUCAAAGAACUAAUUACAUUCUGAAGAUUAUGAGACGCAGUAGAGAUGCACUGAAUCAGGUUGGAAUCUGGCACUCACAGAAUGGGCUAGUGAUGGACAAAAAAAAUUACUUUUUAAAUGCUUCAGAGAGUUUGUUCAAUAAGACUCUAAUAGUGACAACAAUUUUGGAAAAUCCUUAUGUGAUGCUAAAACCAAACUACCAGGAAUUGGAGGGAAAUGAUCGCUAUGAGGGGUUCUGUGUGGAUAUGUUGAAGGAGCUGUCAGAUAUCCUGAAAUUUCAUUACAAAAUUCAACUGGUAGCUGAUGGUGUAUAUGGUGUUGCAGAGUCCAAUGGCACGUGGACUGGAAUGGUUGGUGAGCUUAUUUCAAGGAAAGCUGACCUGGCUGUAGCAGGCUUAACCAUCACAGCAGAACGUGAGAAGGUCAUCGAUUUCUCCAAGCCAUUUAUGACUUUAGGAAUUAGUAUCUUGUAUCGAGUUCAGAUGGGUAGGAAGCCUGGUUAUUUUUCCUUCCUGGACCCUUUCUCUCCUGGUGUUUGGCUCUUCAUGGUGCUUGCCUAUCUUGCAGUCAGUUGUGUUCUCUUCCUUGUAGCCAGACUGUCUCCUUAUGAGUGGUAUAACCCACAACCUUGCUUUAGAGGAAAAUGUAAAGUAUUGGUCAAUCAGUACUCUCUAGGAAACAGCCUCUGGUUCCCAGUGGGUGGCUUCAUGCAGCAAGGAUCAGAGAUCAUGCCUCGAGCACUCUCCACACGCUGUGUUAGUGGAGUAUGGUAA